UCUCUCUCCCUCUCUCUCCUCCCCCUCUCGCUCUCCCCUCCCUCUUCGUUCCCCACCCCGGCUUCGCCUCCGCCGCCAGCGCCUCCGCCCCCAUUCCCGCAUCGCCCCCGCCGCGGCCGGAUCCCGCCGCGGCUCGCCGCGCGGCCCCACGCUCGAGCCCUGAACCGCCCGGAUCCCGUCGCGGGUGGGCGUGUGUGUACCACCGCCGGCGGGUGCCCGUCGCCCGGGGGGAGCUCCCCACCAGGGCGCUCCCCGCGCUGUCUCCCCGUCCUUCCGCCGAGCGCUGUAGAAGCUGGACACAUUUGGAACUUAGACGGCAGCUGAGUCUAUGGUAUUUGAGGGCCAUUGUGCUAUCGAUGCGAGUGGAGAGCAUGCGUGGCAGCUGUGCUUCGGGUGAUGCCCCUGACCAGAGAAGCUGCCGAUGCAUUCGGUGUGGCAACAAUUACACUGUUUGCAAUCUUCGCUCUUCUGGGCCUCUUCUGCAUUUUCCAGUCAAUCUAUUUCCGGUUUCGGAUUCGGAGAGGGGCCUUUAUUCCACUUGGAUACUUUAACGGCCCUUGGGUGACUCGCAUUGUUUUGAUUCUGGUCACCAUUUGGUGGGGAGUAGGGGAGAUUGUCAGAUUGAGCUUCUUGAAGAGAAAGUUGUUCUCCAGCAUACUAUUGCAGAAGGGUGUAUGUGACGCGUACAUCCUUUCCAAUCUAGGGUUUGCGGAGCCAAGCAUCUUCUUUGCGUUUGCGUUCCUUCUUCAUGGCUCAUUACAGAAGAGGGAGUUGGGCACUUUGAACCAAAGAUGGAAUUGGAAGACCAUAGGCUACAUGUUGGUUUUCUGUGUUCCGGUAUUCUUCGUGCAAGCUCUUCUCGUGUUUAUUGGGCCUAAAUUUGUUAAGGAGGAGAAUGAUACACAUGGAAGGAGAAAGAUCGCAAAAUACUUCAUUCGGACAUCCAUGCCGGUUGGGGAUACAAAUAUUUGCACCUACCCAUUGUUUGGCACCAUUUUCCUGGGACUUAUAGAUGCCAUCCUGAUGAGCUAUGUUUCCUAUGUUGGAUCUCGGGUUUUGUCCUUGGUCAUCAACAAGGCACUGCGAAGGAGGGUUUCCUUGCUGAUGUUAUCGGUGCUUUUCUUCCUCCCUAUCAGGGUGCUUCUGCUUGGGUUUUCUGUCCUGCCCCAUCCAGGAGAUGUAGCAUUUGAAGUGAUCAUCUUCUUGUCAUUCCUGAUGAUGAUAUCCUGCACAACCGUUGGGGUACUCUUGCUGGUGUACUAUCCUGUGGCAGAUUCAUUGGCUCUCCGAGAGAUAGGUCACAGGGAAAUAGCAGAGAUGGUUCCUUAUGAUGAUUACUAUUAUGAAGGUGCAUCGCUUGUAGCCAAUCAGAGCUUCCGAGAAAUUGAACGGAAUUCAGAUACUUCAACGAAACGUGGUUCUAUAUCCUUCCGCACUAUGAUCAGGGAAGACCAACUUCAACAGGAUGGUGUUGAUGAAAUCGGACUCUCCUCUCGCAGUGGUGCUCAUAUUGGAUCACCCUCACCUUCAGGUUCAUCCCCAAGCGCUGCAAUGCCCAUGCUACCUCUCAAGGAAGUACCUAGAUACUAAGAAAUAUUCACCUGUUCCUUUUGCCCUUCUACUAUGUUUCCCCUUUUCUCUCUUCCUCUUUCUUCCUCUUACUACCUUAAUGAUAACAGUUUUGUGGCAAUCAAAGGUUUUUGUAAAGUUUCCAAGUAGCUUGACUCAUCAUUAGUUUAGUACUCAAAUCUCAUUUAUCAAAGUGGCAUGUAGCUGGAUGUUGCAAACGCUGAGGAGCUGUGCAUCUGGCAUUGGCUGGAAAGGCUGAGUUGGAAUUCACUUUUGGUUG